AUGAGUGAAACAGGAUUCGUUUUGGAUAUGCUCAUGAAUUCGUCGUCGUCGUCUUCAUCAGACGACGACGAACUAAUUCUUGCAGCAUUUGCAGAGCGCGAGGAGGAAGAGGAGGCAAAUGCUCGACGUCAUGGCGGUUCCACGCUGGGACGACAAUUUUUGCAUCGCGGAAGAGAUGCCGGAUUUGUUCUACUGUGGAGCGACUACUUCAAAGAAAAUCCCACUUUUCCCGAAAGUUAUUUUCGCCAAAGGUUAGUAUUACUACAUUAUUCCCUGUCUGCCUAUUUUUCAUCUUCAUAUCUCAUAUUUGUUUUUCCGCACAGGUAUAGAAUGUCCCGUAAUUUGUUUAAUCGCAUAGCUGAAGCAGUACUUGAGCAUGAUAGUUAUUUUAAGCAAAAAAGAAAUCCUGCUGGAGCUCUUGGGUUACAUCCUCUGCAGAAGAUGACAGCGGCAAUGCGACUGCUAACUUACGGAUAUGCGGCUGAUGCCGCGGAUGAGUAUUGUCGGUCUGGAGAAUCUACAAAUCUAGCAUCUUGCAAAAAGUUUGUGAUAGCUAUUUGUGAAAUAUUUGGGGACCGGUAUCUGAGAUCUCCAAAUGAAGAAGAUACUGCUAGAUUGCUUGCAAUAGGGGAGCAAAGAGGUUUUCCUGGUAUGUUAGGGUCUAUAGAUUGCAUGCAUUGGACUUGGAAAAAUUGUCCUAAAAAAUGGCAUGGCAUGUUUAAAGGUCAUGUGAACAAGCCAACAAUGAUUCUGGAGGCAGUUGCUUCAAAGGAUCUUUGGAUUUGGCAUGUAUUCUUUGGUUUACCAGGGUCUCUCAAUGACAUAAAUGUGGUUCAACGUUCACCUGUGUUUGCAAAGCUAUCUGAAGGUGAAGCUCCAAAAGUGAAUUAUACCAUCAAUGGUCAUCCGUACACAAUGGGGUAUUACCUUGCAGAUGGUAUAUAUCCACCAUGGGCAACAUUUGUGAAGACCAUACCAACUCCAGAAGGCAGAAAGAAGAAACAUUUUGCCAAAAGACAAGAGGGGGCCAGAAAGGAUGUGGAGAGAGCAUUUGAAGUUCUGCAAUCUCGUUUUGCCAUUGUUCGAGGACCAGCAAAAGGUUGGAAACGUAAAGAAAUUGGUGAUCUCAUGAAAGCUUGCAUCAUAAUGAACAAUAUGAUAGUCGAAGAUGAGCGAGACAGCGGUCCACAUGACUACAUCUAUGACUCUAUGGGAGUAAAGGUGACCCCAUCUCAUACUCAUGCGGAAAAACUGAGUGUGUUUAUUCAAAUGCAUCAACGGAUCACAAACAGAGCAUUUCACUCUCAGCUCCAAGAUGAUCUAGUUGAGCACAUCUGGCAAAAGUUUGGAGACGAAUGA